CUUUCAUUCAGUUCAUAGCAUUUUGAAAAGAGUUUGCACUUGAAGCGAAAAUAUAAGAGAUGGCAAAUCCGGAAAAUUUCGAUUCCCCUCCGCCAUACAGUACAGUCACUGCCGAAAAUGAGAAAAAUCUGGCUCUAGUUUCACAAGACAGUGUUUUGAAUAAGAAACCAGAGCCCGCAGUGCAAACAGUGGAUCGAAUAAUUUAUGUUGGUACUCAACCUGUGGGACCAAAACCAGCGGUUUUAGUUUGUCCCUCAUGUUACGAAACGAUUCAGACAAAAGUGAAGAAAAGGGCAAGUUCCAACGCUCACAUGGCAUGCUUAUUGUUGGGUUUGUUUGGUUUCUAUCUAUGCUGCUGCAUUCCCUAUUGCAUGAAAUCUUUUAAGAACUUUCAUCAUUCAUGUCCUCACUGCGGUGCAUACGUUGGCCAAUACCAAAAUCACUAAUUCUCGUUUCAUUGACAAAUAAUUGAAUAAAGACACGUCGACAAAAUAAUCCAUCGAUUUCAAAUGAAUCAUUGCAUAGUAUAGUCUGUUGCGAGUUGUCCUUUCGCUCAUAUUGAAUGUAAAAAGCGAUUUUAUGGUUGAUUAUCGUAGGUGGGUCGGCCACGAACUCGAAUCGCAAUGUUGCCAAGCUGGGAUCGACCUGGUUUUUGUCAGGGAGCCGCCGUCAGCUAAAACUUCUUUCGGCUCUAUAAAAUUGAAUUUUGAUCCGAAUUGAGUGGGAAAAAAAUCUUGUGUUCCUUGAACCUUUCUGCAUACGAGAAAAA